GGAAAGCGCAGCGCGAUUGGGUGCUUAGUGUAUCUGUGAUAUUAAAAAUACAAUUCUUUGUUUGGAAAAACUUUACAAAUUAAUAUUGUUCGUUUGAAAUAUAUUUCGUGUCAUCUGUUAUUUUUGGAAAUUGAUUUAUAAAAAGAACUUUUUAAAAAGUUUGUGAAGUAUUUAUUGUUAGCUAUGGCUGAAUGGGCGCUAUUGCGUGAAGCUUACUGAUUUCAAAAUGGCGACGUCCGACAUUACGUUCCAAGAUGGCAACUUUAAACAUCCAUAUUUACUUGCAUUGGUACGUUGGUGUGUUUCCUCAUUCUGGAGUACGGCUACCGUUAUUCUGCACAGAAUUAUAACGGCACCCAUACCCCCAAUUAAAGCGCCGAAGGUUCCAAAAACACGACCAGCGAGCUCAGAUCAUUUACACCCUGAGCCGAAAGUGGAAUGUUUGGUUUUACACACGCCCGCCGAACCGACCCUAGAUAUCAUAUUCGUCCAUGGACUUUAUGGAUCAUUAGGGAACACUUGGAGACAGGGCGAAUGGAUGUCCAAGUACGAUAAGCUACCGACGAAAAUGCCAUUAAGAAGACCGCACUCCAGACCGACGUGCAAAUGUCCCGCCGAACCGACGAAUUGUUACGAAAACGAUGACACAAAAAAAUCUACAAACAAUGGCGGAACAAUCGAGCAAACAAAAAACAAAAUGGCGUCUGAAAGAUUGAACACGAACGCGUAUAAGAAAAGUAAUCAGGUCCUACCACAGGAUAAUUACUUCGCGGCCGACACGUUCUACAAUAAUAAACUAUUGGAACAGGUCAAUAUUGGAAAUUACGAAACCCAAGCACAGUUCGUUAAGGACAUGUUCGAAAGUGACGCUAGGGAAAUGAAAGCCAGCUGCAAGUGUAUCGGUGACGUGUGUCGUGGCUGCGGGUGCGUCUGUGACGAGUGCUACUCCCCGUGCUGGCCCAGAGACUGGAUCAGAGUGGAUCAUCCCGGUGCGAGAGUGAUAUCAAUCAAUUACACCAGCGAUCCGUAUUUAUGGCGACCGCUUUGGAUCAGGGAGAUUAAAAGACUGCGACUCCACGAUCGAGCUGAUCAGAUGAUCUCACAGCUGCUGGACCUCGGGGUGGGAGAACGUCCGAUUGUUUGGGUCGGUCAUUCUAAGGGUGGUUUAUUCAUCAAACAAAUUUACUGUGAAGCUUACGACGCGCACCUGAAACUAACAAACGCCGAUCGAAUAAUAAGGAAAUAUAUUAAAAACGAACAAUACACGACCGAGGGUAGAAACGACAAUCGGAUUAAUCAUUGCAUCGACGCAGACAAUACAGACGAACACGAAGACUGUGAUAAGAACUGUGAUAACGCUAAGGACGACACCGAUAUGGAUAAUGCUUUAAAUAGUGAUAUAUUAAAUAAUAAUGAAGUAAAUAAUAGUUACAAAGAUAAUUUAGAAUUAGACAGUAAUGCUGAAGAUAACGAAGCCACUGAACAUAACAAAGACCAGUUAAUCAGGAAGGCAAGCCUCUGGACCAACAGCGCUGGUUUCAUGUUUUACUCCGUCCCGCACCGCGGGUCGCCGCUCGCCGAUAUCAAAACCCCCAUCACGGCCAGGAGCAUUGAGCUCAUGGAAAUUUGUAAAGAUUGUAGUUUAGUCCUCAGUCUGCAAGAGCGCUGGCUGCGAGCUGUGUCGUCCUCGCAGCCGGCCGUCCGCAGCCUCGUCGAGACGAGUCGCACUCUCAUGUCUGUCCUCUACUUAAGAAUAGUCAGUGUAGACUCGGCAGAUCCUGGUAUAGGAGCUCUAUACGGCGUCUCUGUCGAUCACAGAGAGAUCUGCAAGCCUUCGAGUAGAGAGUGUCUGCUCUAUAAAGAAUUAAUGACCUUGAUCGAAGCAGCUCUCAGUAAACACAGACUAAACAAGGACAGAUCCGAUUCGAAUGAAAUUUAUUGCCAGUGAUAAAAAAUAUUGUUACAAUAAAAGUCGAAAUGUAUAUUUUGUUA